AUGCUUAAAGCUUUGACAGAAGCAAUAAUGCAACGACAAAGACAAAAACCUUUGCCUUCUCCGCCUCCUCUGGUCCAAGUAAAACUGGUAAAUAAUGACAUCAUCAGCUUGACUCAAAAAUUCAAUAAGAUGAAGCCACUGACUUUCUUGGGUGGAAUUGAACCUUUAAAGGCUGAAACGUGGAUGUUAGAAACUGAAAAGUUAUUUGAAGUCUUUCUAAGUAUCGAGACUCAGAAAGUUUUGUUGGCCACCUAUACCUUAAAAGACGAAGUCCGACAUUGGUGGAUGCUUGUCCGUGAAAGUAGUGGGACUUUGACUUGGGAUCAAUUUAAAGAGAUCUUCUAUGAAAAAUACUUCACUCAGUGUUUCCGAGAUAAAAAGGUGUCUAAAUUCCAAGAACUCAAACAAGGUAAUAUUUCAGUGCUCAAAUAUGAGGCCAAGUUCACUGAAUUAGCCCAUUUUUCCCCACACAUGGUGGUCACGAAUUAUAAGAAAGCUUGA